AUGGUGGGCAUGCUGGCCUCUGGCCAGGGUGGCAGUGCAGAAGCCAUCUACUGGAAGCGCGUAGCAGUAUUCACCGUAGCCUGCUCCGUGAGCGUGGUCGCCUUGCUCACCGCAAAGCAACAAGCUCUGCGGAAAUCGCCAGUCGCAUACUUCUCCGUCAAUGAUGCGGGAUACAAGAAUGCAAACCUUGUGCCUAUGUGGGCCUUUCAUGAGAAGCCCAGGUACUCUGCGUACUACAAUCUGGCAGACUGGCUGCUGGAGAACCCCGACAAGGCCACGGGCCACGGGCUUGAGAUCAGCGGAGCCAGCUUCUUGCAGCAGUUCUUUGUGGGCGCCACGUGGGACCGCCGCAACUACCCCGAGGUGGACGUGAUGGCGCUGCACCGCGCUGUGGCACCCGGCAGCUACGACUGGAUCAUCUUGGACCAGGUCCUGGAGCACGUAUCACUGCCCUUCCUGGCAGUGGCUGAGAUCCACCGCGCGCUCAAGCCAGGCGGCCGCGUGCUGCUGGCAGACUACUGGCGCAUGAGCCACGACGCCCUGAGGGUGCUGCUCUCCAUAUUCAGCGAGGUGGAGGUCUGCGGCUCGUACAGAUCGAUGGAGUACAUCCGCAACUACCUGGACAAGUCCGAGGGCCUGGGCAAGCCGGCCUAUGCCUCACUGGCAGGGGUGCCCAACCAGGACGAGGAGGCCUUUGAGAUAGCCAAGGGUGAUGCCGCGCAGCUGACGCCGUCCGGGGAGCUGGUGGUCAACGGGAACCAGUUCAUAGUGCACUCAUGGGCCAUCGCACGGAAAUGA